AUGAAUUUCGGUGAUCAGUGCUUCAUAGUAACGGAUCAACGAGGGUUUGCUUCAGUGCUACAGUGCAUAGCAAAUUUUGAUCAUCAGAAUAAAAUAUUAACAAGCACUGUCGUGACUAGUAUUGACUGGAAUGAUGAGUGUGUAUGUGCUGAGGUUAUGGGGCAAGGCAGAAUGUGUGGAGAUUAUGGUAUCGUUACAUUUUCUAUUGGUGUACUGCAGAAUUGGAUUGCAAGCAAUAAAUUCAAUGGUAGCCUGAGCACUGAAAAAAUGAAAGCUAUUACUAAUUCAAAAAUGGGCCUCUAUUUAAAAAUAUUUAUUAAAUUUCAAAUUCGCAAUGAUGAUGUUUUCUGGGACACUAGUGCUAGCUAUACUUAUGCUACUAAUACAGAACGUGGGUAUUAUCCAGUUCUACAACCAAUUGGAGCAUCACUCCCUGGGUCACCUCCCAUUGUACUCAUGACUCUUACUGGUGAUGAAGCAAAAAGGAUAUCAGAUCUUGGAUCUAAUGGCAAGGAUAAGGUUAGGGAAGAGGUUGUUGAUGUAUUACGCAAAUGGUAUAACAUUCAAGACGAGAGGCUUCUUACUAUUACUAAUGAUGAUAUUGAGUAUUAUGACUGGAAUACUGAUGAAUUUUUCCUUGGCAUGUUUUCUAAUAAUCCUACUACUCUAACAAUUAAUGAUAAACGGAAUCUUGCAAUGCCAGAAGGAAGACUGUACUUCAGUGGUGAAGCUAACAAUAUUGAACAUGGUGGCACAAUCCAUGGUGCCUACUGCAGUGGAAUGGAUGCAGCAACUAAAAUACUAACAGCAAAGGGAAUGUAUAAUGAGGCAAGCAAUUCAUUGCCUAAAUGUUCAACAUCAUCAGGUUGCUCUCAAGAAUCAUCAAAAAAACAAAAUUGCCCUCCUUCAGGAACAACUCCUCCAACGGUACCAUCUUCAGCGAAGGGUUGGUAUGUAUCUACAUUCACUCUUGCUUCAAUUCUAUUAGCUGUACUACUAGUCUGUGGUGCAUGA